AUGAGCAAGUUUCUUGAAAGCUUUAGCGUCAAUCCCUUUGCGCUUCAUAAUUUGACAGAUGUUAUUGAAUACACCAGGAAAACACCAGAAGAAAAGUUUGAGGAAUACGGGAUGAAUCAGUGGCUUCAGGCAGAAGAUGUAGGGAAAAGAUUCAGCAUCGAGUCUGAGGAGUAUAAAAGGUCUCGAGAGAGGCGUCUAACAAUUGGACGCCAAAUACCAGAAUUGAUGACCACGUAUAAUUGCGACAUGCUGGUGGCUCCUUCAUUUACCGACACCACGGCAAAUUACGGCGGUUGCCCUACAGUCUCUGUGCCCAUGGGUCGCUAUCCAGACGAGUACCCCUCGAAAUAUACCCCUGACAAUCCUCUGGAAAUUGGCCCGAAUGUACCGUGAGUAAGACCAAGUUAUGAUUCAUGAAAACGAGCUAAAUAGGUCAGGACUUCCAUACUUUUCGUCGGGCGCAGAUGGGAUGACGAACGCCUCAUUGCAGCAGCGUAUGCAUAUGAGCAAGGGACCCACCAUAGGGAGACGUUGAAACCAGUUAUUGAACUGCCGGAUGGGUUAGAAAUAGGCGCCAGUGAUGUGAGUAAUUUGUUUUCGAAGACAAAAUAUGCCGAACACAACUCGUCACAGUUUGUGGAGGCGUGA